GAUGACGUAAUUUAAAUUCCUUCAGUAUAAACAACAUCCGGUUGAUGGUUAGCUAGCUAGCCUCCAUAACUAGCCUCGCUGAGAUUAUUAUAAUCAGUGCCCCAGGGGUCAGGUUUUAUACUUGGUUGGAUCAUAAGAAAAGCGACGUUGGCUCAAAUGUGAGCGCCAUGAGUAACAGCCACAGUCUACGACCCCCGACGUCUGUGUCGGAGAUAGAUCACCUGCACCUUCUGUCUGAACACCUGGGCACUCUGGUGUCUAGCGAGGAGUACAGCGAUGUCACCUUCCUGGUGGAGGGUAAACGCUUCCCGGCCCACCGGGUUAUCCUGGCCUCUCGGUGCCAGUACUUCAGAGCCAUGCUAUAUAACGGGAUGAAGGAGUCCCAGCCUCAAGCGGAGGUACACCUGCAGGACACCCAGGCAGAAGCCUUCUCCAUGCUCCUCCAGUACCUGUACACAGGCCGGGCCAGCCUCACCUCAGCCCGGCAGGACGUCCUGCUGGACUUCCUGGGCCUGGCUCACCGCUACGGCCUCCAGCCACUGGAGGACUCCACCUGCGAGUUCCUCCGCACGGCGCUCCACACCCAGAACGUGUGCCUGGUGUACGACGUGGCCAGCCUGUACUGCCUCCAGGGCCUGUCACAGGCCUGCUGCUCAUACAUGGACAACCAGGCCCCAGAGGUGCUGGCGUCCGACGGCUUCAUCUCCCUCUCUAAGACAGCCCUCCUUGCCGUGGUACAGAGGGAUUCCUUUGCCUCCACCGAGAGGGAGAUCUUCCAGGCUCUCUGCCGCUGGUGUCGCCACAACGACGACGACCCGGCCGCCACGCAGGAAGUGAUGUCGGCGGUGCGUCUGCCGCUGAUGAGCCUGGCUGAGAUGCUGAACGUGGUGCGCCCCUCCGGCCUGCUGAGCCCAGACCACCUGCUGGACGCCAUCCAGACCCGCUCCGAGAGCCGGGACAUGGACCUCAACUACCGCGGCAUGCUCAUCCCCGAGGAGAACAUCGCCACCAUGAAGCACGGUGCCCAGGCAGUGAAGGGGGAACUGAAGUCUGCCCUGCUGGACGGAGACACCCAGAACUACGACCUGGACCACGGCUUCUCCAGGCACCCCAUCGAGGAGGAGGGCCACAGCAGGUCGGGCCUCCAGAUCAAGCUGGGCCAGCCCUCCAUCAUCAACCACGUCCGUCUGUUGCUGUGGGACCGCGACAGCCGGUCGUACUCCUACUAUGUGGAGGUGUCCAUGGAUGAGCUGGACUGGGUGCGUGUGGUGGACCACUCCAAGUUCCUGUGUCGUUCCUGGCAGGAGCUCUUCUUUCAGGCACGCGUGUGCAGGUAUGUGCGUGUGGUCGGAACCCACAACACGGUCAACAAGGUGUUCCACCUGGUGGCCUUUGAGUGCAUGUUCACAGAGAAGCCCUACACGCUGGAGCAAGGCCUGCUGGUCCCUAGCCGGAACGUUGCCACCAUCGCUUGUGGUGCCACCGUGUUCGAGGGCGUGAGCCGGAGUCGGAACGCCCUUCUUAACGGGGACACGUCCAACUACGACUGGGACUCGGGCUACACCUGCCACCAGCUGGGGUCUGGGGCCAUCGUCAUCCAGCUGGCCCAGCCCUACAUGGUGGGCUCCAUCAGUCUGCUACUCUGGGACUGUGACAAUCGCAGCUACAGUUACUACAUUGAGGUUUCCACCAAUCAGCAGCAGUGGACCAAGGUGGUGGACCGAACCAAGCUUGCUUGCAGAUCCUGGCAAACACUGCUGUUUGACAAACAGCCUGCCUCUUUCAUCCGCAUUGUGGGAACACACAACACAGCCAAUGAGGUGUUCCAUUGUGUCCAUGUUGAAUGUCCUGCACAGCUGUAUUCAGAGGUCAAAGAAGGAAGUCCAGGAUCUGACCUGCCUGGCUCAGACUCCAAGUCCCAGCAUGCCCUGCCCGUCACGCAGCCUGCUCGCCCUUCCUCCUCCUCCUCGCUCUCCCCGCCACAGGGAGGGGGGGUUUGAGUUCAUGUGCACUUCCAUGCUCACGGUGGGAAGUGAAGGACGAGGAUCAGAGCCUCUCAUGACCUGUAUCACACCCCCUCACCUGUACUUCCCCCCAAGUACUCCAUAUGCUGCUCCAAAUAAUAUAAAUAAAUCUCUAUAUUUAUAAUAAACAACG